AUGAGCAUCAGGACCAUACCCACACUCCAGGACCUGGUGAUACAAAAUGUACAGUGCAACGAGGCCUUGCCCAUCCCCAAUCUGGAGCACCUGCCCAGGGUGCUCACCCUGCAGUUGUACAAGGAGGCUAUAAUGGGGGGUCAUAUGGAGAUGGUAAAGAAAAUGGUGCUGUCCUGUCCCUUGGCCUGUCUGCCUGUGGAGUACCUGCUGAAGACAAGAGAUGUGAAGGCAUUAAAAACCCUACUGAAUGGGCUAGACUUGCUGAUUUCCCAGAACGUUUACUGCAGGAAAUGGAAACUGAAAGCAAUCGAUUUUCGGGAAGUGAAUCGGGACAGCUGCAAUGAGUGGUCCAGAGUCCCACUGGGUGCCUGCUCACAUGAGGCCAUAUCUCCAAAGGAAAGAGAGAAAUAUAGCCAAAGAGCAGCGAAGCCACACUUGAAGAUCUUCAUAGAUUUUGAUCUGGACAAAGUCUUCCAAAGAUUCCUUGGCAGCCUCAGGGAGUGGGUGGAGGAGAGAAAGGGGGUGGUCCGUAUGUACUGCGAGAAGCUGCAGAUCGGGGGUUUCUACUUGAAACUCUCUAAAUUCCUGAGGACUCUGCCAUUGUACUACGUGCAGGAACUGGAGGUGAAUGCUCAGCACUGGACUCGAGAAACAAUGGAACAUUUUUGUUUUUGCCUGAUUGAGAUGAAAAACCUUUGCGUCCUCCAUCUCUCUGACUUGAGCCCACAGGUCUUCACCAGCCGGUCUGUAAACAGGUGGUUUUCUCAUAGAUUCAGCCUUCAACUGCGGAAGGUGAAAAAACUCCAUGAGCUCUAUGUGAACAACGUCUUCUUCCUCUAUGGAGCGCUGCACAAAAUCCUCCUGAGUCAGACCCCCUGGAAAACACUCUCGCUGAGUGGUUGUCCGCUCAAAGAGAAGGAUUUAAAGCAUCUGUCCAUGUGUCCAAGAACUGAUCAACUGAAGUCUCUGGAUCUCAGCUCUUUUUUCAUGAAAGAUAUGAGUCCUGAGCCCCUCCAGGUCUUGCUGGAGAAGGUGGCACACACCCUUGAGACCCUGGUCUUAGAGUUUUGUGAGAUAACAGAGUCCCAGCUAAAUGCCAUCUCACCAGCCCUGUGUUACUGUUCCCAGCUCAAAACCUUCAGUUUCUGUGGGAACCGAAUCCCCCUGACUGCUCUUAAGAACCUGCUGAGCCACACGGCUAGCCUGCCGCUGGAACAAGCAAAGUACCCUGCCCCUCUGGAGAGCUUUGGUGAAAUCCUCUGGGGUUUUUGGACUGAAAUCAACCACAUGAAAUUUGACCAGGUUUGGAAAAAGUUGAUGCAGCUGGUGAAGGACAUCAAGCCUGUCCACAACAUCCAGAUUUAUUCUUACGAUUGUGUUCUUCACCUCAAACAUACAGAUUUUAUUGCCAGAAACCCAGUGGCCAUUCGACCACCCAUAACUCAAAUGGCCCUCCAGUCUAUUACUUCUCAAUCGGACUUCUAUCAUGGACCACUAGAUAUACCCGAUUUUAAAAGGGGACUCCAAACUGCUUACCCCAACAUCGCCCCUUUUGUCAGCCUGAAGAAGACAGAAAGAUCUUCUUUGUCCACUUUCCUUACAGCAAGAACUAAGAGCAAGCAAGCAGGACCACCUGUACUAGGAGUGCUACAGGGACAUGUCGGGGAGGAGAGGAUCUCCAACUGCAUCCUCACAAAUGCCUACCGCCUUGGCAUCCUGCUGAACUGGGCAGCUCUGCAAGGCAAGACCUUAUUGGAGGUGGGCGCAGGCACCGGCAUUUUGAGCAUAUUCUGUGCCCAGGCUGACAGUGCCAUUUGGCAAGAGGCCCGAGAGGUAGGGCAGCUUAACAGGCUGGAGGACCAAGUGCAUGUCCUGCAGGGUCCUGUGGAGAUGGUGGAGUUUCCAGAGCAGGUGGAUACCAUCCUGAGCAAAUGA